AUGGCUUUCAAUCGUUCCGUCACACACUUUCUGCGGUCCUCGCGGUUAGCGACCAAAACCUACGGCGGCAAUCCCGUUCUCAGAGCCUUUGGCCAUGACAGAUUGGCCGCUCGACACUAUGCUGCUGUCUACGAGCGAUCGAAGCCUCACGUGAAUAUCGGUACCAUUGGUCACGUUGAUCAUGGAAAGACCACCCUUACUGCCGCCAUCACCAAGCGGCAAGCCGAGCAGGGCUUCGCUAAGUACCUCGAAUAUGGCUCCAUCGACAAAGCCCCUGAAGAGCGCAAGCGUGGUAUCACCAUUUCGACGGCUCAUAUCGAAUACGAGACCCCCAACCGACACUACUCCCACGUUGACUGCCCGGGCCACGCUGAUUAUAUUAAAAACAUGAUUACUGGUGCCGCAAACAUGGACGGAGCUGUUAUUGUAGUCGCUGCUGGUGAUGGACAGAUGCCUCAAACAAGGGAGCAUCUGCUCCUCGCCCGCCAAGUGGGUGUGCAAAGGGUCGUGGUAUUCAUCAACAAGGUUGACACCAUCGAAGACAAGGAGAUGUUGGAGCUUGUCGAGAUGGAGAUGCGCGAACUGCUCACUACUUACGGCUUCGAUGGUGACGAGACUCCCAUCAUUUUCGGCUCCGCGCUGUGCGCCAUCGAAGGAAAGCAGCCCGACAUCGGUGUGGACCAGAUCGACAACCUCCUCAAGUCCGUUGACGAAUGGAUUCCUACUCCUGAGCGUGACCUCGACAAGCCCUUCAUGAUGUCCGUGGAAGAAGUCUUCUCUAUUGCUGGCCGUGGUACUGUCGCUUCCGGCCGUGUCGAGCGAGGUGUGCUCAAGAAGGAUUCCGAGGUCGAGAUUGUGGGCAACCUGGCACAGCCCAUCAAGACCAAAGUCACCGAUAUUGAAACCUUCAAGAAGUCGUGCGACGAGUCCCGCGCUGGUGAUAACUCUGGUCUUCUCCUUCGUGGUGUCCGUCGCGAGGACAUUAAGCGUGGUAUGGUCAUCGCUGUGCCCGGAUCUCUCAAGGCUCACAAGGAGGCUCUCGUCUCACUCUACGUUCUGACCGAGGAAGAAGGUGGUCGCAAGGCCGGUUUCGGCGAGAACUUCCGGCCCCAGUGCUUCAUUCGAACCGGUGACGAGGCUGUCGAGUUCAAGUGGCCCGAGGGCACCGACGACGUGACCAAACUGGUCAUGCCCGGUGACAACGUCGAGAUGGUCAUGAAACUCCACCACGCUGUCGCCAUGGAGCCAGGAAUUCGGUUCAAUGUUCGUGAGUCCGGCCGAACUGUAGCCACCGGGCUGGUCACGCGUAUCGUCAAAUAA